UUUUGAUUUCAAAUUUCCGAUCACAGAAAAUUUCCUGCGGUUUUCCAUAAUCCAUCCAAGCUUUUCCAAGCAUGGAAAACAGACUUAAUCGAUACGAAAAGCUAGACUUUCUGGGCGAAGGUCAGUUUGCCACUGUCUACAAAGCUCGGGACAUUGAAUCGAAUGAGAUUGUUGCUGUGAAGAAGAUCAAAAUCGGUAACCGAGAGGAAGCGGCCGAUGGUAUCAAUCGUACUGCAUUGCGAGAAAUUAAGCUCCUCCAUGAACUGCAUCACGAGAACCUCAUUGGAUUGCUGGACGUUUUCGGUCACAAGAGCAAUGUUUCGUUGGUGUUUGACUUUAUGGAUACCGAUUUGGAAGUCAUAAUCAAAGAUCCGAAGAUAGUGUUGACCCCGGCGAAUAUCAAAAGCUAUAUGAUUCAAACGUUGAAAGGGCUGGAGUAUCUGCACCAGUUCUGGAUUUUGCACCGAGAUCUGAAGCCAAACAAUUUGCUAAUCAGCGGAACUGGCAUUCUGAAGAUCGGUGAUUUUGGUUUGGCCAAGUUUUUCGGAUCUCCCAAUCGAAUGAACACCAAUCAGGUGGUGACCCGGUGGUAUCGCUGCCCGGAGCUUCUGUUCGGAGCUAGACAAUAUGGAACGGGAGUGGACAUAUGGGCGGUGGGAUGCAUACUGGCGGAACUGUUGCUGAGGGUUCCAUUCCUUCCGGGUGAAAGCGAUCUGGACCAGUUGACUCGAAUCUUUCAAGUGCUGGGAACUCCUACGGAUGAGAACUGGCCGGACGUGAAAUCGCUGCCGGACUAUGUGCAGUACAAGUACUUCCCGCCCAUUCCGUUGCGGGACAUUUUCACUGCGGCAUCGGAUGAUUUGCUCGAGCUGGCCAAUAAGCUGCUGGCCCUGUAUCCGUUGCAUCGGGGCACAUGUACCGAGGCGCUCAAGAUGUCGUACUUUUCCAACAAACCUGCCCCGUCCAUUGGCAACAAGCUACCGAUGCCGGCCAGUUACUACGCGGGAAGCAAGGACAAGGAGGACAAACAGCCCACGUUGAAGCGCAAACUGCCGGACAGCGUCGACGGGGGGACACUUCCGAAGCGGUUACAGUUCUAAGGCGGUGGUGAGUAAAGCUUCUUCUUGAUUUUCUUUUGUUCCUACGGGCAGGUUCGUUCCUUAGCAGUUAAUGUUGAAUAAAAG